AUGCAGGACGUCCGCAGCUGGUGGGGCCAUCUCGCCGACAUCUGGCCCAACCCAAGGGAGCUGCUCCGCCGUCGAGGCGUCGUCAAAGCCCUCCCCGACCUGGCCCUGGCCGCCUUCUGGACCCUGGGCUUGGCUGUUGCCUGCGUGAGCAUCUUCGCCCGCGAUCUCUGGCGCCUGCUGUGGUCUCGCGUCAACCCGCGCUCGCCGCGAAAUCUCCAGAGGAGGGAGUGGCAGCGCCAGCACCGAACCCUGAUGGAACUGCUGGCGCGGGACCCGGGAACCCCGAUAUCCCCCGUCGGCAGAGAGCCGGCCCUGGCCUCGCCGCACGCUCAGCAGCCGGCCGCCGAGCGGGGCUGCCGCAUCUUCAGCCGCGUCCCCCCCGAGAUACGACGGCAGAUUCUCGUGGCGGCCUUUGGGCACCAAACCAUCCACAUGGACCUUCGCUUUCGCCCCCCCUUGCACCUGACCGAUCGCGAGCCGUUUGAUGGGUGGGAAGUGCAUGCCCGAGCCCGAGCCCGAGCUGCGCAGGCCCCGACGGGGCAUCCGCGUCCCGACCGGUGCCAGCAGGAAUGCUUGAGGACGUGGAAAUGGUUCAGCUGCGUGUGCCACCGGUGGGAUCCGGACAGGACGGCUCCGCUGUCGCUGGGCAGGAGACAAAACUACCGCUGGGCGCAGUUUGGCGAGCCGGAGGCAGAUCAGUGCCUCGGAGGGUCGGGCAGGUGCAGCUGCUGGCCGGGGCAGUGGCCCACCAAAUGUCAAGUCGGCAUAAUGGGAUGGAUGCUAUCGUGCAGGCGAGCAUACUUUGAAGCCAUGGACGUCCUGUACACCACAAACACCAUCCACAUCUCUUCCUCCGUCCUCCUGCAGCACCUGCCCGACCUGCUGCCCAGCCACGUUCUGGCCAGGCUCCGGUCUCUAGAACUGGUCUGGCAGCCGAGAGAGCUGCCCAUCUCCCACGGAUUCCUGCCCACCAACCCCGCAGGCUCGAACCGCCCGCAGCCACUGUUCCCCAGGCUAGCGUACCUGCGGAUAUCCUUUCACCGAUUCGCCAUGAACAACAUCGACGACGCCACCGACAUGAUGCUGCCCUACGACAACAAGCAGCUGCUGUCGGAGCGCCUGCACGAGAACCUGCUGCCCCAGGUCGACGAGCUGGUGCAUCGCAUCGCGCCGCCAGCCGCCGAGGUCACCCUGUCCUGCGCACGGUGGGACUGGUACGAGCUGAUGGACCUGGCGCUCCUGCAGAAGCAGGGCAAAGAGGCGACGAGCAUGCAGCGCGCCGAUAUCGACGGCCUGCGGUGCUGGAGGACCAUGCCGAGCCGCACAGCCGAGGCGCCCGCCGACGUCGAGGCUGCCGCCCAGCCGUGCUCGCCACGAGCGGGCUACUGGAUCCACGUGCCGAUUGGCCAUGUGCGCCUCGACAACUCGUACGGAUACGACUGGCAGCGCAACGAGCUGUACGGUCUCGGCACCCAACGACUGAUCUAG